ACAAGUUAUCUGCGCAGUUACCCAUUAUGUUUAUUGCUGGUCAUAUCGAGUUAAUGUCGCGAUUGCGUGAACAAAUUUGGGGGUGUGUAAAAGAAAGCAAACUAAGCAUUGAUUGAUAAUUUUAAUUUAGCCUUUAGUCGCCACUCAGCUUUCAAUUGCUUUUGAUGAUCAUUUUGCCCCCGGUUUCGUCAUACGUGUUAAAUGUUGUCAGAACCAGAUGGAAUUGUCAGGAAAGUGGCGUCAUGACUCAAGUACGGAAAUUUAUUGUACGGCGCGGGAAUGUCUGUUACGUGUCCAGCGUGUUCCUUGUAACGGCGAUAUAAUUCACAUUCUUAUAAUCCAACUUGGUGCGCGCGAUGUAGUCACCCGCUGUUUGUUUGUCAACGGCUUCGUGAAUACGGUAAUCUGGGCGCGGUGACCUUCAAACACAUAAUAUCAUAUAUCGCUGCCGUUGGCUUAUUGUUGUUAAAUCAAAACAUUUUUGAAACUUUUGUACGAGGAUUUGUCCUUGAAUUUCUCGCUACCGAUGCCAACACCAGCGCCGUUUUGGAUAAAUUCAAGGCCUUCUUCGCCGGGAAGAAUCUGGAUGUUGCGGGAGUAAUUCGUGGAUUAGCCCAUCGUGUUGUGCAUCGGUUGACCAAAGGUGAGCCAAAGGUCAACGGCGGUCCACUGGACGGCAAUAGCAUGUCAUCGCAUCUGCCCAUUAUGGAUACAACCGAGUUUCGCCAGCGUGGCAAAGAAAUGGUGGAUUACAUUGCCGAUUACAUGGAUUCGAUCAAUGAGCGGCGGGUGACCCCGGCCAUUGAGCCGGGCUAUCUGCGCGAAUGCAUACCGGAUGAGCCGCCGCAGUAUCCCGAAGAUUGGGAAGAAAUUAUGGACGAUAUAGAACGACACAUUAUGCCAGGAGUCACACACUGGCAACACUCUCGGUUUCACGCUUACUUUCCAGCCGGUAAUUCCUAUCCAUCGAUACUGGCGGAUAUGCUUUCUGACGCAAUUGGAUGUGUUGGAUUCUCCUGGGCGGCCAGUCCGGCUUGUACCGAACUGGAAACCAUUGUGCUGGACUGGUUGGGACGAAUGAUUGGGCUGCCGCCGGAAUUCUUGCCCUUUACCGAAAACGGAAAAGGUGGUGGUGUUAUACAGGGCUCAGCAAGCGAAUGCAUUUUGGUUAGUAUGUUGGCGGCGCGACAGCACACGAUCCGGGAACUGAAGAAACAGCAUCCGUUCGUCGAAGAGGGCGUUCUGCUCUCAAAACUAAUGGCUUACUGUUCGAAAGAGGCUCACUCGUCUGUGGAAAAAGCCGCUAUGAUCGCCUUCGUAAAAAUUCGCAUCUUGGAAACGGAUGACAAGUAUGCAUUACGAGGCAACAAACUGGCCAAGGCUAUUCAGGAGGAUCGUAGCAUGGGACUUAUUCCUUUUUUCGUGUCUUCCACCCUCGGGACCACAUCCUGCUGCUCGUUCGAUCCACUGUCCGAGCUGGGCCCGGUGUGCCAAGAGGAGAACAUCUGGCUGCACGUGGACGCUGCGUAUGCCGGUAACUCCUUCAUCUGUCCACAGUUCCGCUACCUUAUGAAAGGCAUCGAGUUUGCCAGCUCGUUCAACAUGAACCCAAACAAGUGGAUGCUGGUUAACUUUGAUUGUUCCACGAUGUGGGUUCGGGAUCGUUUUAAGCUGACGGAAGCAUUGAUUGUGGAUCCGCUAUAUCUGAAGCAUAGUCAUUCCGAGCGAGCAAUAGAUUAUCGACACUGGGGAAUUCCGUUGAGUCGGCGGUUUCGCAGUUUGAAGCUAUGGUUCGUUAUACGAUCUUAUGGAAUAGAUGGGCUUAGGCGUUACAUUUUAGAGCAUUGCAGACUAGCGAAAAAAAUGGAAAACUUGAUUAAGCAGGACAGUCGGUUUGAAAUUAUGAAUAAUGUCGUUCUGGGAUUGGUCUGCUUCCGGCUGCAGGGUUCUAAUACACUGAACGAGAAAUUCCUGAGUUCCAUUAACGCGUCGGGCAAAUUGCACAUGGUGCCGGCAUCGCUGAACGACCGUUACGUUAUUCGUUUUUGUGUGUGCGCGCAGAACGCUUGCGACGAAGACAUCGUCUACGCCUGGCACAUCAUCACGCAGAUGGCCACCGACAUCCUGCAGAUCAUGGCCAAGGAGGCCACGGAGACGCAGGAAAGCGAACGGGAAGCGGAGGAGUCGGUGGAUGAGGUGUUCGUGGUGGAUCGGCGCAACCGGAUGAGUAUUUCGCAGAAACGCAGUUUCUUCGUGCGGAUGGUCUCCGAUCCGAAGUGCUACAAUCCCAAGAUUGUCCGCACUCUCAGUAUGACCAGUCGGCGCAACCUGAGCGACUCCGAUACCGGCAUCCAGACGCCCAUUUAAUCGCAUUAGGCACUCAGUGUUGUCUUAUUCUUAUUUCUUGCAUUACUUUAUCAAAUAACGGCAGGGUUAUAAUGUUAUAAUCUAAUCAUUUGCAGUUUAACUUGCUUAUUUUGCCAUGAAUGUGUACCGCAAUUUUCAUUUAUACUUGUAUGACGUAGCACGUAGUUCGUCACAUCCUCAGUCUUCCUCAGUUAUCGAUAACCAUUUACAAUAUUAUGCUCAUGCAUUCCGCUGUCGCAAUAUUAAUCUUCAUCCCACGCUUUGAUAUACUUAAUAUUAUGUCAUACAUGAUCAUCCUUGAAUCGUUUUUGCCGCAUACGUGACAUUGUUCUUCAUGACCUUUAUUUUACGGCACUGUCAAACGGAAUAAAUCUGCGCUCUUAAUUAAGCAA